GCACUCACACGGCAGCCAUAUUUGACAUCCGGCGUAGUGCCAGACGGAAAGUACUGAGCUGACAUAGACGGCAAGACUACAACAUAAGUAGUCACUGUUUAUCACAGAAAAUGAAUCUGCGGAAAGGAGCAAUGUCUGUUUUCCAUUCUCUUGUAUAUGCUGUUUUGACCGGUUUCCUUGUUAGCCCUGGACGUGGAGAUGUCAUCUCACUCGUUAGUAGUAACAUGAAUACUAUUUUAUCAACAAAUGAUGUUGUCUUUGUCAAUUUUUAUGCCGACUGGUGCAGAUUCAGUCAGAUAUUAACACCAAUCUUUUUAGAAACUUCAAAUAAAAUAAAAGAAGAAUUUCCGCAAUCAGGACGAGUUGUUUUUGGAAAAGUAGAUGCUGAUAGAGAAAGCACAAUAGCAGCAGAAAAUCACAUAUCAAAAUACCCAACACUUAAGUUGUACAGAAAUGGACAGGUUAUAAAAAAAGAGUACCGGGGACAGAGAACAGCAGAUGCGCUGGCCAACUACAUCAGGGAACAGCUGAAGGAUCCCAUACAGCAACACACCACACUGCAAUCCCUGGACGAGUUGGACGAUAAUAAGAGACAUAUAAUUGGAUAUUUUGGGAACCAGGAGAGUGAACCCUACAAGACCUAUAUGAAAGUGACCACCACUCUUCGGGACGAGUGUAAUUUCCAUGCUGUUCUAGGUCCAGCAUCAGAGAGCGAGAGAUUAGGGGGAGACAAUGUUGUAUACCGUGCACCAAAGACAAUAAGACAAGAUGUGAAGUAUCCAGGAGCAUUGAAUAACUACGAGGAGCUUCUGCAGUGGAUUACAGAGAGGUGCAUGCCACUGGUCAGAGAAAUAACCUUCGAAAAUGCUGAGGAACUGACAGAGGAAGGUAUACCGUUCCUGAUCCUUUUCCAUCAUCCUGACGAUAGAGCCAUUGUAGAGAAGUUCUCAAACGUUGUCAAUCAGGAGCUAUUGGGAGAAAGAACGAGUGUGAAUUUCCUGACUGCUGAUGGUCUGAAGUUCUCUCAUCCCUUGCAUCAUCUAGGGAAAUCUACCAGUGACCUGCCCGUCCUGGCUAUAGAUAGCUUCAGACAUAUGUAUGUCUUCCCAAAGAAUACCAACGAAAUGGAUCAACCGGGUGUUUUAAAACAAUUCAUACAAGAUCUUCAUUCUGGUAAAUUACAUCGUGAAUUUCAUCAUGGCCCUGACCCCACGACGACAGGUGCACAGAAUAAUGAUGAAGUAGACGCGGCGGCACAAACCGACCAUAUACCACACGACGCUAGCGACAAGGACGGCGAGGUCAAAUCACCAACAUCACCACCAGAAUCUACAUUUAAAAAAUUGGCCCCCUCAGAGAACCGAUACACAAUUCUUCAUAAAGACGAGUUAUAGGCCAUGGGGGAGAACAGGGACAACAUUUCAUCACUGCUGUGGAUCAGAUUGCCGUUUUCAGAAUUCAGAAAUUAUUUAUUUCAAAAGGAUUCCUUUCCAAAUUGUAGCUUUCAAUUAUUAAAACCAUUUGAAAAUGAUUUGUAAAAUUGAUUUAAAAAACAGGUUGUUUUCAGUUCUGUUAAGAAUUACCUGUAAGUGUCCAAAUUAAUAUAAUGAUGUUUAAAAGGCAUAAUAAUUUAUUUUUAUCAUGCGAUGAUUUAAAGCAGUUUAGGAAUUCGCUAUUUAUCCUUAAAAAAUGUGUUAUUUAUUGUUUGGUUAUAACCAUUUUGGAUUGGGAAAAUAUAGAAACUUGAUUAUUUUGAAGUUAAGUAUUUUGAAGUUUAGUAACAGUUCUGAUUUUAAUAUGGCAUUUGUGUUUGUAUAUAUAUAUGUAUUAAAAAAUAAGAAACAUACUAUUUAAUUAAAAUUUUACUUUAUACACUUACAAUGUACGUAUUAAACAUUGGUUAAUAGGUUUAUUACACAUCUGAUACAUACAUUGUUUGUGUAGAAAGUAAAACUUUGAUAUUACAUAUUUCCAAACUGAUGAAUCUUAUUGAAGAUAAAAAGAUACAUUAUCUUACAAAAACAACUUUUCUUCAGACAUUAAAAAUGCAGGUGAUUUUCCUCAAAUUAAUAUCUAUCUAAUAUUGCACUAAGAUAACAAAACUAAAUUUUAGUCAAAUUUUAAAUAAUUUCUAAAGACGUCUUUCAAAGAUUAUACAAAGCUGUUGAUUGAAGUUUCUUCACAAAUUUUACAUUUUGAAAUUGUUAAAAAUAAAAUAAAAAAGCUAACAAAUUAAAUAUUUUAUUCGACUAUUUUGUACAGAAUUGGUAAUAAUACUGUUAGCAAGUAGGUAAAAGGAAUUCUUUAGAAUACUAUGAAUUAGUAAUUAAACAACUGAUGUAUACAAGCAUCAUUCAGAGGGAAAUACUAUUAAACAGAAAUAUUGAGGGAUAUGGAAGAGUAGUAAUUUAGACAUUUCAUGAAUGGUGAGAGAUGUAAUGUGGGUUGUACACAUGUACUAGUGAUGGACAAAUGGUUAGCUUUAUCAGUAAUUGGAUCUUUCCUGAUCUGAUGAUAGAUUUAAUUGAUAUAUAGUUAACUCCAUUUUAUGCUACAUUAUAUUCAUUACAUGUACCUCCAUCAUUUUUUGUGUGUUAACUCAUUCACCCCUGAAGACACAUUUGAACUCUUCC